AUGCCACACGCUGUUGAUUAUAGCCUCAUUCAAGUCAAAGAACUCCACCCGACCUUUGGCGCUGAGGUGUCGGGUGUGGACUUCUCUCGCCCCGUGCCGGAAGACGUCUUCCAAGAACUCUGGAAAGCCGUCAACCAAUAUGGUGCCUUGGUCUUUCGCCAUGCCAAAUUGAAUGAUGAACUCCACAUCCAGUUCUCUGAGAGGCUGGGUGAGCUGGAUGAUGUUCUCCCGCACAUCCAAGCGGGCCGUCCGUUUCGCUUUAAGCACAAGGAAUUGUUUGAUGUGGGAAAUAUCGAGGAAGAUAACAGCUUGGUGAAACCGGGAAGCCAUCGGUGGUAUUACGGCAAGGGCAACAAUCUUUUCCAUCAUGACUCCUCCUUCAACCCACGGAGGGCUGGGCUCUCGCUGUUACGCGCUCACGAAAUCCCUCCUCCCGGCCAAGGCCUUGGGGGGAACACCGACUUUGCUGACUGCCGGGCCGCCUACGACGAGCUGCCCGCCGACCUCAAACAGCAGCUGGACGAAAACGACUAUGUUGUCUGCCACUCUCUGCUGCACUCACGCAGGAAAGCCGCCCCCGAAUACUUCGGAGACGUCGACCCGGACAAAGGCUACUACUCUCGUCACAAGGUGGUGCAGACGCAUGAACGCUCGGGCCGCAAGACGCUGUACAUCGGCAACCACAUGCACCACGUAGAGGGCUUGCCGGAGCCAGAAAGCACGGCGCUGAUCAACAGAUUACUGGAGCACGCUUGCCAGGACAAGUAUAUCCUGUCGGUGGAGUGGCAGAACCCGGGAGACUUGAUCCUGUGGGACAACACGUCUGUGAUGCAUCGUGCCCACGGCGGUGCGUAUGAGGGCAAAUACCGCAGAGACAUGAGGAGGACCACGGUCCAUGAUGAUUCGAGCUAUGCCUGGGGUUUGAAUGAGAAGACGAGCAUGAGGGUUGGGUUACCGUGA